ACCCGUGUGUUCCCCGGCGUUGAAGCACUCGGCGCACAGGGACAUACACGGCGAGAUCCCGCACGUCCUGCAGCGGUACGCCACGAAGUUGGCGGUCCACACCAAGCCGCAGAGGGUCGCGUUGUCAUAGCCGCGCACCAUUUUACAGAAGUCAUCGAAGCUCUCGCCGCCGGCCAUCAGGCUCUUGCACCACUCGAUCACCUCGGCCUCGGCCACCGCUCUCUCCGGGCUCAGGACGCUAUCCAGCAGCUCUCCGAGCAGCUGCACGCCCCGACCAUCCUGCCGGCUGCACUCAGCCUUCAGCGAAGCGGCCGUACUCCUCUUGUCCCGGCCCAGUAGAGACGCCGCCAUAGCGGCCCGCAGCCGGCCAGCCGAGCCUGCUUAUUUAUUUUGUUCUUGGAACAGCCUGCUGCCAACUCUCGUGAGAGUUCACCCGCCCCCGGAAGCAGCUGAACUUGGCAUGGUUUAUGAACCUUAGGGACUAGAGGAUCGAAAACCAAAAGAACGUGUUGGAGCAACUCAGCAAAUCUGGCCAGCAGCAUCUGUGGAGAGAGAGUUAAUGUUUCAAGCCCAAUAUCAUUUCUUCGGAACUGAAGAAUUGGGCUGUGCUUGUAGUCAGGGGUUGGAGUUGGUUGCACACGGGCUACAAAAACCAUGAAGCGUUUCAAACUGAAAGAAUUGGAGAGUUUAUUGCAGCGAGUGGAUGUUUUUGAGCAGCCGAAGUUACUCCUAGAACAAUAUCCCACGAGCCCACAUAUAGCAGCACAUAUGCUAUAUACCAUACACACAACAUUCGAUGACAUUGAGAGUAAGUUGAUUGGAGAUCUUGGGUGUGGAUGUGGAGUUCUAAGUAUUGGAGCAGCUAUGCUAGAUGCGGGAUUAUGUGUGGGAUUUGAUAUUGAUGAAGGAGCACUCAACAUAUUUAACAGGAAUGUAGAAGAAUUUGAAUUGGCCAACGUUGAUAUGGUUCAAUGUGACGUUUGUUCAGCAAUGACCGGCAAAUUAUCAAAGGCAUUUGACACAAUAAUAAUGAAUCCACCAUUUGGAACAAAACACAAUAAAGGUGUGGACAUGAAAUUCCUCAAAAUUGCUUUAGAUAUGGCCAGAACAGCUGUAUAUUCCCUACACAAAACAUCAACCAGAAAUCAUAUUCAAAAGAAGGCUGAAGAAUGGAAGAUAAAGAUGGAAGUAAUUGCUGAGCUGAGAUAUGACUUAUCAGCAUCAUACAGAUUUCAUAAGAAGAAAUCGAUCGACAUUGAGGUGGACUUCAUACGGUUUUCAUUUUAAAUAAAUUCCAUCCUUCUGGAAAAUAUUCAAUGGAGACAAUGCAGAGAUCAAAAUUAAAUAGUUAAAACACCUUG